AUGACUUUGUCUUUCGCUAUUACCUAUUCUACUGGUAUUAUUGAUCAAGGUUUUGAUUGUUGGACGCGGCACGAAGAUCAGAUUACUUUAUUGUGCCAGGAUUGGAACUCAAAAUGCUAUUAUCAGGUGAUUCAUCUCGAAGGCGUUAUUCCGAAGCGGCGUUUCAACUUGACGGGCUAUUCAAGAGAGAAGAUGUCAAAUGCAGUCGCCCCCUAUUACAAUAACUCUACAGCAUCGUUUAGGCAAGUAAUUAAACUUAUUCACGACGUUGAAACUAACCCUGGACCGGACAAUUAUUCUGUUAACCAGCAGAAGAAUUCAACAGAUUUAAAGAUAGCUCAUCUCAAUGCUCGCUCUUUAAAAAAUCGACAUCAUUAUUUACUUAUCAAAGAAACGAUCUUGUCGAAUAAAUUCGAUGUUUUUACUGUAUCUGAGACGUGGCUCGACAGCAAAAUUACCGAUUUAGAAAUUGAAAUACCUGGCUAUAAUAUUUAUCGUGUUGAUCGAGAAAAUAAAACCGGCGGCGGUGUGUGUAUUUAUGUACGUCAAAUCUACAAAACAAUUUGCCUAAGAGACAUCUCGUCGAUUUCUGCGUCAGGUUUUCAUCAACUUUGGUUGAAGGUACAGGUCAGGCACUUAAAAUCCAUCAUAAUAAGUACUGUCUAUCAACCUCCUAAUACACCGACAUCAUGUUUCGACUCAGAUCUUGCAGCAAAUUUUGUUUAUGCUUCAUCUUUAUGCGCACCUAUUUACAUACUGGGUGACUUAAAUUGUAAUCUUCUGAAACCCGAAGCUUCUGACUGCAAAGUCCUUGGAAAUUUUUGUUCAUCAUACAAUCUAACACAGUUGAUUAGGGAACCUACGCGAGUUACUGAACAAACUAGUUCGCUUUUGGAUAUUAUCCUUGUAUCUGAUAUUAAACAAGUAAGAGAAUCCUUUGUCAAGCACAGCUCGGUCAGUGACCACGACUUGGUUUAUUUAACACUUCGAUUAAAAAAGCCUCGUACAAAACCGGUUUAUGUAAACAUUAGAAGCUUUAAACAUUACAAUCGAGAAGCUUUCUAUAAUGAUAUAUCGCAAGCUCCGUGGUCUGUUAUAGAUGUAUUUACUGACAUUGAUGAUAAAGUAAAUGCCUUCAACACUAUGUUUAAUGAUAUAUUAAAUCAACAUGCUCCAAUAAAAUCCAUCAAGGUAAAAGGGAAACCAAAUCCUUGCGUUAAUGAAAACAUUCGUGCAUUGAUGAAAACAAGAGAUCACUGGCGCAAACUUGCCCAAAGGUCAAAUGAUCCCUUGGCGUGGUCUGCGUACAGAAAUUUUCGUGGAGAAGUUAAGCGUGAAAUUAAACUAGCCGAGCGUGAAUUUGUAUUAAACCAGAUAGAGAAAGAUCCAGGUAAUUCUAAUAAUAUCUGGAAAUCUAUCCGCUUAUGCAUUCCUAAAAAAUCGUCUUCGCAAAGAAUUUUCAGUCAAGAUGAAAAAACCGUAGCAGAAGAGUUUAACAAUUUCUUUGCUUCUGUCGGCAAUAAUGCGGUUCAUAAAAUCAAUGAUUUGGCAAACGAAUUUGGGUUUGAUUGCGACCGCGACCGUUUUACACCAAGACAAUACCCUUUAACGGAACAAUUUUCAUUUAAAGAGGUCGAGCCAGCCAUAGUAGGAAGUAUAAUAUCUUCAAUGCCUAACAACAAAGCACCGGGCGGUGACAAAAUUCCCAUUCGAGUGAUUAAGGAUUGCAUUGUGCCCAUUUUAAUUACCAGUAAUAACAUCAAUUAUUAACACUUCACUAACUACGUCAGCCUAUCCUAUAGUUUGGAAAAUUGCCGAAGUUACACCAAUUCCAAAGGGAAAGGAUCACCCGGAAGUGGCGAAUAAUAACAGACCAAUAUCAUUAUUACCUGUUUUAUCAUAGGUUUGCGAAAGGGUUGCCUAUAAUCAAUUUGUAGAAUAUCUUACGUUGAAAAAGCGGCUUUCAAGUAAGCAAAGUGGUAACAAACGUGGAUUCUCGACCGAAACUUUGUUAAUUAAUAUCACAGACUCCAUACUAAAUGCUAUAGACCAAAAGAAAGUUACAUCUCUGGUCUUAUUGGAUAUGAGCAAAGCAUUUGACUGUGUUAAUCAUAAUCUUUUGAUGUCAAAGUUACAAGAUAUGGGUGGUUCACAAUCGUAUUUACAAUGGUUCAGUAGUUAUCUCUCCAACAGACAGCAGGUUGUACGAAUAAACAGUACAGUAUCGGAUGCCUUGCCUUUGACGAACGGCGUGCCGCAGAGAAGUAUCCUUGGGCCUUUACUUUUUAACAUCUAUGUCAACGACCUCUCAACUGCACCUCAAAACUGUGAUCCACAUUGCUACGUAGACGACACAGGUCUACUGCACUCCUUUAAAGCUCAGAGUAAAUCUUUUGCUAUAGAGAAUAUUAACGAGGAUUUGACUAAAGUCCGAAAUUGGUGUUUUAGCAAUUGCCUGCUUCUGAACCCUGAAAAGACCAAGUUAUUGGUGUUUGGGAGCAGACAAAUGCUAUCUAGACUACAAGACUUUUCCCUGACACUAUUGGGAAAAGAAAUAAACCCUAUCGAAAUGGCAAAGGACCUUGGCGUGACUCUGGAUGUUAAUUUAACCUACAACCCCCAUAUUAAUAAGACCGUCUCCACGUGUAUGUCCAUACUGGGUCAAAUUAAUCGUGUGAAGCAUGCCUUCGACAAACGUACUCUGAUUACUAUCAUGAACAGUUUGGUUUUCAGCAGACUUUAUUAUUGUUCCAAUGUAUGGAGUAACACCUCAAAGUGUAACAUCGAGAAACUGCAGUUAAUUCAGAAUUUCGCUUGCAGAAUAGUUUGUGGUAUAAGGAAAUUUGACCAUGUCACACCAGCACUAAAGGAAUUGAAAUGGCUGCCAGUAGCUAGCGAGUUGUAUUUGAGAAACGCCACUUUGGCAUUUAAAUGCAUGACUGGUUGUGCUCCAGAUUAUUUAUCCGAACAAUUUGUAAAGCGUGGAGACAUUAGCCAGCGAUCCACGAGAAGUUCACAGAAAUUGAACAUUCCACUAUUUAAAAGUGCCACUGGCCAAAGGACUUUUUAUUAUAGAACUGUAAGCUUGUGGAACUCUCUGGAGUCUAAGUUUAAACUUUGUCCAAAUGUUGUAAGUUUUAAGAGAAGCCUUCGAAACAAACUUCUCAGCGACUUCUUAGCUAUUUAAACUUUUAAACCUUUAAACUCAUUAUAGUAAUGUGUAUGUAUAUCAAUUAAAAUAGUAAUUAGGUACUUAUAUUCUUGUAUAUAUAUAUGUAUAUAUAUUUAUAUUUAUGUAAAUUAUUGCAUUUCUUUUGUAAUUAUCUUUGAAAAGCUCCUCUGUGGGAAGGAUAAUAAAUUUCUAAUCUAAUCUAUGUAGACCAAAUAUGUUAUGCAAAUUUUGUUCGUAUACAUUAACAUAAGCGCUGCCAAAGAAAAUAUUAUGCAGUAAAUAGCCAAAACCUGUGUUCGAUUUUCCCCAAUUUUCAGACAAUCGUCCACAAAAUAUUUGAGACAAACCCCCUUCCUCGAUUUCAAUGUUGUUAGGCAUUACAAUAUAGUUUAAUUCCAACAUCAUAUGUUAAAUUUCAACUGCCAGUGACACAGUUGCGGUGCUAGUGUCACCUUAUGUUAGUUUUGGAUAAGCACAGUAGGUUUCAACAUUGAAAUAAGGGGGGAGGGGAUUGAUUUAAAAAGUCUCAAUAUAUUUUGUGGACGAUUGUGGCUUAUGCGUACUUUAAUAAUUAAAAACGGUAUUAUUUACAAAGGAGCAAAGCAUCUGACAACCAUUGGCUUCAUUUGAACCAUUCUCCUGUAUUACAGUCAAUUUCAGCUGACUUUUCAUCGUAAGAUUCCGAACUUCGUUCCGAACUUCGCAAAUUCGUUGCCAAGUUCAAAAGUUCAUAAUGAAAUUCACAAACAGGUUUGUAAACAAAGCCUCUGAUUGGCUAUUAAAUCAAACCAGCCAAUCAAAUGCCCAGUUUACGAACCUGUUUGUGAAUUUCAUUAUGAACUUUUGAACUUGGCAACGAAUUUGCGUUCGGAACGAAGUUCGGAAUCUUACGAUGAAAAGUCAGCUGAAAUUGACUCUAAUUUUAUAAUGCGCACCCAUGUAUUAUUCUCUAUAACUUUGGCUGAGUUUUAAUAGAAAUGUUAAUGUUAGGUUUUUUAUCAAACGCGGAAAUUAAAAAAAAAAAACACCCAAAUGUUUAGGCCCAGUAACCCGGGGAUUUUAACAAUUGAACAAGAUUUUUUAGCCAGGAUUUUAACAACCGUGAAAUGUUAAAAUCCCCGCUUAGUCCCGGGGGUCGGGGGGCCGGGCUUUCGGUUGACUAGUGCAUAAUUAAAUUCGAGACGCAUGUCUAAGGUGCGGGACGGGACGUUUGCCGGGACGGGACGAUGAACGGGAUCCCGGUUGUAUAAAUUUCAAUUCUGAUUUAUCACCAGAUGUUUAUAUGGAAGCGGGACGUUUUUCGUCCCGUCCCGGCAAGCGGGAUCCCGGUUUGUACAACUGGGAUCCCGCCUCAACCGGGACGUUUUCUUCCAUGUAAACACUUGUUGCCGGGACGGAACGGAAGGCGGGAUGAUUUUGGUGUAUUGAAAUAAAUGACUAGGCUUAAACAAACUUUUAAACAACGGUUGAAAAUACUCAAAUGUUGUUAAAGAAUAUCUCGUAGUUCAAGAAGAUUAUUAUUGCUGCUUCAACAACCUUUCGUUUACAAUUAUACUGUAAUCUAUCACUAGAAAAAUAAUGUGAUUUUGCUAAAUCGUGCACCGUGGCUUAUUUCAAUACAUCAAAAUCAUCCCGCCUCACAACCUGUCCCGGCAAAGCGGGAUCAUGUAAACAGCUUCCAACCUGGGAUGUAUAAAUCGUCCCAUCCCGGCAAACGUCCCGUCCCGCCUCUCAUAUAAACAGUCCCUAACAUCUAACCCUAAUUUAAUCUUAAUAUGACCUUAAUCUAACCCUAAACUUGACCUUUUCUUUUGAAAAACAAGGUUCCUAGCUGGUUCUCGGCCUACACCAAACUUUGUUACCAGUGGUACCCUGAUGGUGAUGGUGGUCAGUGUGGUGCGGGCGAACCCAGACGUCUUUGCACACACAUCAACUCAGCCACCCAAUAUUAUCGAGACGACACAGACAACAGAGGAGGGGGAUGUCGCAUGAGCUGGUCCAUCGAAUCACCUCACAGCCCACAGUGGUUCAAGAACGUGCAAAUAUGCUACCGAUGGUACCCGGAUGGUGACGGCGGUCAGUGUGGCGGUGGGGCGGCACGCUUGCUGUGUGCUCCGGUGGGUAAAUACACGGCGGUCUACCGGGACGAUACCGAUAACCGCGGCGGCGGGUGUAGAAUGUCUUGGCAGCUCAAACUACCACCUGUGCAUAGUUCGUGGGCAAGGAAUAUCCAGUUGUGCUACGAAUGGUAUCCAGAUGGUGAUGGUGGACAGUGUGGCGGUGGUGCUGCUCGCAAGCUUUGUGCUUUGGCCAACUUCUGGACUCCUUACUACAGAGAUGAUACCGACAACAGAGGAGGUGGAUGCCGCAUGAGAUGGGGUCUUUAUUACAAGUGA